AUGAAGAUUAUAUCAGACGAUGAGAAAAAUGCUCAUAUGAACUAUGUUUUGUCCGAAGGUUUUAAAGGUUUAGUUUAUGGUGGUGCAUUAUCAGCAGGUGUAUUCUCCUUCUUCAAAUUUAAAAGACCCCAAACAUUUGCUUCUUUCAGUCCUAGUGUUAAAGCAGCCAUGUUAACAAUGCCAACUAUCGCAUUAGGUGCAUUUUGGGCAGAUCAAGGUUCUUGGGAAUUUGACAAAAAAAUGCACCAAUCUGAAUAUAAUAACAAUGAAAUAUUGAAAAAACAUAAAGAAUUUGAUUCAUUACCGUUAUCCGAUAAAAUAGUUACAAAAUUGAAUGAUCAUAAAUAUCAAAUUAUUAUUGGUGUUUGGGGAUUGAGUUUAUACGGAAGUUGGGUUGUUAUUAAUAGAGAUAAGUACAUGACAACGUCCCAGAAGCUCGUGCAAUCAAGAGUAGUAGCACAAGCGGUAUCAGUACUUUUACUUUUAGCCACUUUGUUCUUGUCAAUGAAGGAUAAAGAGCUCAAGAAGAAUCAACCAGAACCAAUUCCAGAAUGGAAAAGAGUUGUUCAAGAACAAGAAGCUAAAAACAAAGAAAAUAAAAAACAAUAG